AUGUCGAAGGCUAACGUUGGAAUUAACGGAUUCGGACGUAUUGGACGUCUUGUGCUUCGUGCUGCUGUUGAGAAGGACAACGUUCAAGUUGUUGCCGUCAACGACCCUUUUAUCACCAUCGACUACAUGGUCUACUUGUUCAAGUAUGACUCGACUCACGGACAGUUCAAGGGGACCGUUUCGUUCGAUGGUGACUUCCUAAUUGUCCAAAAGGAUGGAAAAUCGUCCCACAAGAUUAAGGUUGUAAAAACCAUUUUAAGCGACGUCUCAUUCGUGAAUUUCAGGUGUUCAACAGCAGAGACCCUGCUGCCAUUGCGUGGGGAUCUGUCCAUGCCGACUAUGUCGUUGAGUCGACUGGAGUAUUCACCACGAAGGAAAAGGCCUCCGCUCACUUGCAAGGAGGAGCCAAGAAGGUCAUCAUCUCAGCACCAUCGGCUGAUGCUCCGAUGUACGUUGUUGGGGUCAAUCACGAAAAGUACGACGCGACCAACGACCACGUCAUCUCGAAUGCCUCGUGCACCACCAACUGCUUGGCUCCAUUGGCUAAAGUUAUCAAUGACAACUUCGGUCAGUUCGAAACACAAUUUAGAAACGAGAUUUCCUUUAGGAAUCAUCGAAGGACUCAUGACAACUGUCCAUGCCGUGACUGCCACCCAGAAGACUGUUGACGGACCAUCUGGAAAGCUCUGGAGAGAUGGACGCGGUGCGGGACAGAACAUCAUCCCUGCUGCAACUGGAGCCGCUAAAGCCGUCGGAAAGGUCAUCCCGGAAUUGAAUGGAAAACUGACUGGAAUGGCUUUCCGUGUGCCAACUCCGGAUGUGUCGGUCGUUGACCUCACCGUUCGUCUUGAGAAGCCAGCUUCGAUGGACGAUAUCAAAAAGGUUGUGAAGACCGCCGCUGAAGGACAGCUCAAGGGAAUUCUGGCCUACACUGAGGAUCAGGUCGUCUCGACCGACUUUGUCUCGGACCCACACUCUUCUAUCUUCGACGCUGGCGCGUGCAUCUCUCUCAACCCGCACUUCGUCAAGCUCGUCUCGUGGUAUGACAAUGAGUACGGAUACUCGAACCGUGUUGUCGACCUGAUCGCCUACAUUGCCACCCGUGGAUAG